UUCUCCAAUUCAGCCAUUAUUCACCUAUCUUCUCCAGCCAUGCCACCUCCUCUCUAUGUCUUGCUACUACUCAGUGGGCUUCUCCUCUCCUCCCUGCACACUCCUCCAUGUUCCGCCGCCAUUGCAGAUGGCGACACUCUCAUGGUAGGCCAAGCGCUUUCUGUCGGCGAGAAGCUCGUCUCGAGGAACGGCAAGUUCGCGCUCGGCUUCUUCCAGCCACAACCAACUGCAGGCAUCAGUAAGUCCAUUAACACCACCACCAACACAUUGCCUGGCUGGUAUCUUGGCAUAUGGUUCAACAAGAUCCAGGUUUUUACUACAGCUUGGGUUGCUAAUAGGGAGAAUCCCAUCACUGGCCCUGAGCUGAAGCAAGCACAGCUCAAAAUCUCAAGAGAUGGCAAUCUUGCCAUCGUCUUGAACAACAACAACACCAGUUCAGAGUCCAUAAUCUGGUCCAGCACUCACACCAUUGUCAAUAGGACAACAGGAUCAUCCAGCACAAACACCAGUGCUCUCCUCAUGAACAAUGGAAACCUACUCCUCAUGGCUAGUAGCAAUGUUGUGUUGUGGCAGAGCUUCGACUACCCUGCAGAUGUUGGGCUUCCGGGUGCUAAGUUAGGUAGGAACAAGAUCACCGGUUUGAACCGUCGGUUCGUUGCCAAGAAGAGCCUCAUUGAUAUGGGCCUCGGCUCUUACAUCCUUGAGAUGGACACAAACACGGUGUUGCGCCUUAGGCGUCGCAAACCUCCCGUCGUGGUGUAUUGGUCUUGGUCAUCCGGACAAUUGGCGUAUACGCUUGUACCAUUGCUCAAUGAGCUGCUAGACAUGGAUCCACGGACCAAAGGCUUGCUCAAACCUGCAUAUGUCCACAACAAUGAGGAGGAGUACUUCACGUACACCUCCCUUGAUGAAUCGGCUUCUGUAUUCGUUUCCAUAGACAUCACUGGUCAGGUUAAGCUGAAUGUUUGGUCACAACCCAAAAUGUCUUGGCAAACCAUAUAUGCAGAACCAUCUGAUCCAUGCAGCCUGCACGAUGUCUGUGGACCUUUCACGGUCUGCAAUGGCAAUUCAGUCCCAUUCUGUGGAUGUAUGGAGAGCUUCUCUCCCAAGUCACCGCAGGAUUGGGAUGCCGGUGAUCCGAUUGGAGGGUGCAUCAGAGAUACUCCCUUAGAUUGUGCAUCUGGUAAACAAAACAACACAAGUUCAACAGACAUGUUCCACCCCAUAGCUCCUGUUACACUGCCCUUGUACCCUCAAAGCAUGGAAGAUGCUUCGACCCAGAGCGAUUGCGAAGAAGCUUGUCUUCAUGACUGCGCUUGCACUGCUUAUACCUAUAAUGGUAACAGAUGCUCUAUCUGGCAUGGGGAAUUGCGAAGUGUGAAUCAGAAUGAUGGCAUUGAUAAUCAUUCUGAAAAUGUUCUUUACCUUCGCCUCGCCGCCAGAGAUUCACAAAGUUUAAGGAAGAACAACAAACGGAGACCAAGAGUUGUUGCCAUUGUAAGCAUUGUCGUUAGUUUUGGAUUACUAAUGCUCAUGCUUUUGUUAACGAUUUGGAUUAACAAAUCCAAGUGGUGUGGUGUGCCAUUAUAUGGCAGUCAAGGUAAUGAUGGUGGAAUUAUAGCCUUUAGAUACACCGGUUUAGUUCGUGCUACUAAAUGUUUCUCAGAGAAGCUAGGAGGAGGUGGUUUUGGUUCUGUAUUCAAGGGAAUGUUGGGAGACCAGACUGCUAUAGCAGUGAAAAGGCUUGAUGGUGCUCGUCAGGGAGAGAAGCAAUUCAGGGCAGAAGUGAGCUCAAUUGGAAUGACCCAACAUAUCAACCUAAUCAAACUGAUUGGUUUCUGCUGCGAAGGUGAUAAGAGGCUACUUGUGUAUGAACGCAUGUUAAAUGGGUCUCUUGACGCCCAUCUAUUUCAGAGCAAUGCUACCGUUCUAAAUUGGAGCACCAGGUAUCAAAUAGCUAUAGGAGUUGCUAGAGGAUUGUGCUACCUGCACCAGAGUUGUCGCGAAUGCAUCAUACACUGUGAUAUUAAACCAGAAAACAUACUUCUGAAUGAAUCAUUUGUUCCUAAGAUUGCAGAUUUUGGGAUGGCAGCGAUUGUAGGAAGGGAUUUUAGCCGAGUUCUAACUACAUUCAGAGGUACUGUAGGGUAUCUUGCCCCAGAGUGGCUUAGCGGAGUUGCUAUUACACCAAAAGUUGAUGUUUACAGCUUUGGCAUGGUACUAUUGGAAAUCAUAUCAGGAAGGAGAAAUUCACCUAAAGUAUCUGCUAGCAACAGCUAUCAUGGUGCUUAUUUUCCUGUGCGAGCAAUUAACAAGCUUCAUGUGGGAGAUGUGCAUAGUUUGAUGGAUCCACGAUUACAUGACGACUUCAGUUUGGAAGAGGCUGAAAGAGUUUGCAAAGUUGCAUGUUGGUGCAUCCAAGAAAUUGAGUCUGAUCGGCCGACAAUGGGUGAAGUGGUCCGGGCCAUUGAGGGUCUACAUGAGCUUGAUAUGCCCCCGAUGCCAAGACUACUUGCAGCUAUAAUAGAACACUCUGAUGUGGCUUCAAUAUAAUAGUUUAUAAAUGCUUUUGUGGUCUACAUGGUAAAAAAU